CCCGAGGCCGGGAUGGGUGCCGCGCCGACGCCCCCUGGCGGCCGGCUCCCCGCCCUCGCCGGCCCGCGCCCAACGCUCGGCUCCUGGACGCCUGCGGCCGGAUGCCCUGCGUCCGCACCGUCCUCUGCCUCCUGGCGGCUCUGGCUGCCUGUGGCGUCGUCGCCUUCCUCGGCUACUGUGUGUACUUCGACCGGAAGCGGCGUGGAGACCCCGCGUUCAGGCGCCGCCUGCGGGACAAAAGAAGAGCCCAGCACCAGAAGGCAGAGGGACGGGGCGCCCAGUUAUGGGAUCCAGCAAAGAAUGAAAAAUUGCAAGAACUUUUUCUGCAAGAGGUACAAAUGGGAGAACUUUGGUUAUCCAGAGGAGACCAUCGAUUGGGGGUUGAACAUCUCAGCAAUGCCCUUUUAGUGUGUGGACAACCAGAGGAACUUCUGAAGGUUUUCAAACACACACUCCCUCCUAAGGUAUUUGAGAUGCUGUUGCACAAAAUUCCCCUUAUUUGCCAGCAAUUUGAGACAGACAUGAAUGAACAGGAAUACUUGGAGGAUGAUCGUGAUUGAAAAACAUUUCAACGUAUCCACAGUCCAG